UAAUUUUUUUUGUUCUAAAUAGCUUGAUGAAUUAAUUUUGUUAACCCAGGCAAUUUAUGAAAAUUCUUAUGCAAAUACAUGUAUAUGAUAAGAAAAAGUAGAGUUUUUAUUCAGAAUUUCUUAUUUCUGUAGAUUCUGAAGAGACUGAGGAAACAUAUUGGCAAGAAGAAUCGGCUUUCAUACCAUCGUCAUCAGGAGAACUGCUGUUAACAGCCGUCUUGGUGAUACCAGCUGUGCUGUUUUUGGUCUAUGCUAUGGUAGCACUUUAUAAUUGUAUCUGUUCUCGCAAUUAUGCUGAAUGGAGAGCCUCUUGGUGGGGUCAAGAUGGAGCUAAAGAUGAAACAUCGCAGAUCAUUGGUGACGCAUUACCACUAGUGCUUGCGGGCCACCCUCAUGAUGUGGAGUGCAUGUGUACUAAUGGCGUUCUGUUGGUGUCAUCGUGUCUAGCAGGCAUUAUCCGUGUGUGGGAUCCUAGUACAGGAGAAUGUGUGGCUAACAUAAACAGACGCAGCGGGAAGAAACCUGAGUUUCGUAUGGGUUCACCGGACUUGGCAGAUGACUUCCACUCAGACUAUGAGUCUGGUUCCCCACGAUCACAAGCAGGAGACUGUAACUUCUUCAGGAAAAAUGCUAGUGGUGUAUGGCUGGAUGAAGAUGAGAAGGAUGAUAGUGAUUCUGAGGCUGUGGAUCACUUGGACUCUACAUGCAUGCUCAAAGACACUUCUGGAAACCACUUUCAUACCUUUCCAGAUCUUAGUCCUGGCAUUGAUCUUCACUUUUGUACCAGAACUGCAGAGUCCAACAACAGUGGUUACUUCAGUCGUUUUGAUAAGUAUUACGAAGAACACAAAAAAAUGCUUCAAGAUGAUGAAGAAUAUAGACAGAGUAGAGUAAGAAAAACCUCUGAUUGCAACGAAUAUUCUUCCUCCGGAAGUGUAACCAAAAAUAUGAUGAUACGAUCACCGUCCUAUACAGAGACCUCAUCAGGUUAUAAGUCUAACAAACACUGUAGGAAUCUUAGUACAGGGAGCAUUCCAGCAGGUGCUCUCUUGGGUUACAAUGGUGGUGCUCUUAAAGGAUCAUUGGAAAUGGAGGGAGAGAAAACAGUAGAGGAGGAAUUACCUCCAAUAUGGUGCCUUGAGUGUCAGGAUGCGCUAGUCAUAGUUGGCUGUGGAUCCGGCAGGAUAGAAGUAUGGGAUUUGUACAAUAAUGUACUCAAGUGUAUGUAUGAUGAAGGUAUCAAAGCAGGAGUAACUUCAAUGUGUAUGUCAGGAAACCGUUUAAUGGUUGCCAGAUUGAAUGGUGCUGUAGAUAUGCUGAAGAUUGAACCAGUUGGGUCUUGUCAGCAAACUUCUGAUGCACAACAAAUAUUUAAACCAGGUAAUGAAAGUUCAUAUUAAUUUUUUGUUCCUUUG